AUUCUAUUUAUAAAUAGGCAUUAUGGUUGGAGGUGGAGAACCUGCAAAGAAGGAUGAUACAUUUAGAAAAAAAUUCCAAGCACAUGAUUGGUGAGGACUUGGAAUUAUUAAAUUUUAAGGAGUUGCAAUGUCUUGAGAAGAAAAUCAGUUUGGGUGCUAGGAAGAUACACUCAAGAAAGGAGAAAGUUUCACUGGAGCGUAUUCGAUCUCUAAAAAUAAAGGAAAAAUCACUUACAGUAGAAAAUGCUAAUCUGGAAAUAAAGAUUGGUGCAAGUAUUGCCAUCAAGAAUUUGGAAACAGAUGCUGCAACUCAACAAGAACUGCCUCAAACUAAUCUCAAUCUCAUGUACUUCUCAUCAUCAGAAUUUCUGCGAACUAGUUUUUCAUCUCAAAAGGAAAAAAUUUAAGGAGAAGUUUUUGUACCUGUAGCCUGUGAUGAAUUCAAGUGUACUCCAUGGUCCAUGAGAUUUUUCCGCAACUCUAUUGAACCAGAUCAUAUAUGAGGACAUCCGACUGCCAAAAGGAAUUGAUAUGUUGUGAUGGGUAUAUAAUGCUUGAAUUGGUAUUAAAAUGUCAUAUCAUUGUACAAUCCUGGUGGAUUCAUUGUGAUUUCAAAAUAUAAUAUACAUAUCAACAGACUAGAUCAGACAUGCAUACACAUAAAAAAAAAUUGUACGUGCUGCUGCUGUUUUAUUUAUCCUUAUUUUUUCAGACAGCUCUGAGAUUAUUUUAUUAUUUUUAUUUAAAUAUAUUUUAUACAAUGUUAUGUUAGAAAACC